AUGUGGUUAUUGUUAAGCUUUUGUGUUUUUGUUUUUAAGUCUUUGAGACCUAUCAGUUUCUACCUCGUUAGAAACCAGAUAUCCGGUCAUAAGACCAACGGUGUGCUAGAUGCCGUCUAUUUCUGUGUUGUAACAAUGACAACCGUUGGAUAUGGUGAUCUUGUCCCUAGUAGUUCAACCUCAAGGCUACUUGCUUGUGCGUUUGUCUUUUCGGGAAUGGUCCUCGUGGGUCACCUUUUAAGUCGAGCAGCAGAUUACUUAGUGGAGAGGCAAGAGACUUUGCUUGGUAAGGCUUUCGAUUUGCGCAAAACAGUUGGUCCAACAGAAAUUCUCAAGGAGUUGCAUACUAAGUUGAGACACAAAUGCUAUGUCACAUUUCUGGUCCUUGUAAUUCUCGUACUUGUCGGUACGAUUUUCCUCGUAAUGUUUGAGAAAAUGCCGGUUAUUGAAGCUUUCUACUGUGUUUGUUCCACCGUUACAACAUUGGGUUAUGGCGAUAGGAGCUUUAACUCUGGAACCGGACGUCUUUUCGCUGUGUUCUGGAUCUUGACGAGUACUAUAUGUUUGGCUCAGUUUUUACUCUAUGUAGCUGAGCUAAAUGCAGAAACCAAACAGAGAGAGUUAGUGAAAUGGGUUUUAACACGGAGAAUCACAAACAAUGAUCUCGAAGCAGCUGAUCUUGAUGGAGAUGGAGUCAUCGUAGCUGCGGAGUUUAUAUUAUAUAAACUGAAAGAAAUGGGGAAGAUUGAUGAGGAAGAUAUUGAUGGGAUAUUGCAAGAGUUUGAGCAACUCGAUUACGAUGAUUCGGGAACUCUGACGAAUUCUGAUCUCAUUCUAGCUCAAACCACGUCUUAGAUACAAAGGUAAGCAUACUUCGUUUAGUUAUUAAAUAUUAUACCUGCACACGACCAAACAAAAAGCAAAAAGAAUUUACAGUUUUGGGUCUGUGUAUGUUUUAAUGUAAUGUCACACUCUCAGUUUUUUAUUGUUACUUGAUGUAAGUUUAUAGUUUACAUAUAUACUGUGUAUAUGAGUUUACACAAGUACUUUGUUUAUGCAAGAUGAAUCUUGUUAUUGAUCCAAUAUUAAGCUCUGA